AUAUACUCCAACCAAGGGAAUAUAAUACAAGUCAAAAAGGUGAAAGGAAGCAGCAGCAAAGCUCGUUUAGUAGAAACAGCGAUAUUCAUGGAUCCUAACGAAGAUACCGAGUGGAAUGAUAUAUUACGUUCCAAAGGGAUCUUACCCGAAAAAGAGCCCGAUGUAGACGAUGUGCUGGACGAUGCAUUAGUAGAUGCCAAGGAGCUUGCACACGAAAAUCGGUUAGAAAAGAAAACACUAGACGAACUUGAUGAGCUAGAAGAUGAAGAGGAUGAUGAAUUUCUUCAGAUCUACCGAAAUAAGCGUGUUGAGGAAUGGAAACAGAAAAUGUCAAAAGCGAAGUUUGGCUCGGUUUACCCAAUUUCCAAGCCCGAAUAUACUCAAGAAGUUACAGAAGACAGUAAAAAUGUAUUCGUGGUUGUCCAUAUGUUUCAAGAUUCUAUCCCCGCCUGUAAGCUAUUAAAUGGCAUCCUUGAGCGUUUAGCUCCCAUGUACCCACAAAUCAAGUUUGUGAAAAUUUCCGGCAAGCAAGCAGUCGAAAACUAUCCCGAUAUCAUGAUGCCUACUUUGCUUGUGUAUGGACACGGUGACUUGCAGCAGCAAUACUUAACAUUAGCAACUUUAGGAGGUAUGGGAACUACUGUUUUUGAUGUUGCAAAGGCUUUGGUUCAUGCUGGUGCACUUCGUGAAGAGGAUAUAGCUCCUCUUCGUGAAUCCAGUUCUCUAAACUUUGAAUCUGGUCGUCGUCACACCGAUGAUGCUGAUGAAGAGGAGGAUUUUGAUGAUUUUGAUUAAUUAAAAAAAGAAUUACAUUUCAUAUUCCGUCUGAACCUUGUAGACUUGUGAUUGCACUCAAUAGAAACUGACGCUUACACUACCUUUUGGUUCAUGCCAGUGAUCUCUUCAAAGAUUAAUUAACAUCUUUUGGAUCUCUUUAAUUUUUCUAUUUCUAGUAAUAGGUUAAUGCGUAAAAAGAACAGUAUAUAAAGAUAAAUACAAUCAAUGAUUCCAAC